AUGAAUAAUUGUACAAUCAGUACAGUAAAGGAAUUCCAUAUUAUAGCAUUCCCCAGUUCUAGCACUGGAUAUGUGCUCAUUUUUGCUGGGAUUCUUUUUAUGUAUCUUAUGACAGCCAUUGGAAAUCUGAUUAUUAUCACACUUGUUUGUCUUGUGCCCCAGUUGCACACUCCUAUGUAUUUCUUCCUGUGUAAUCUCUCCAUUGCAGAUAUCACAUAUGUCUCAGUUACUCUCCCAAAGCUACUGUCCAUCCUUAUAACCCAAGACCACAAAAUCUCAUUUUAUGGCUGUAUUAGUCAGUUAUAUUUUUUUUUAUUAUGUGGACAGGCUGAAAUAUUUAUCCUGACAUGCAUGGCCUAUGACCGCUAUGUGGCAAUCUGUAAGCCCUUGCAGUAUUCAAUGAUCAUGAGGAAAAAAGUGCUUAUUGUAAUGUCUGCUUUCUCCUGGCUUAUUGGAAUCGGGAACUCCGUGGUACAUGCAAUGGUUGCAUCAUCAUUAUCUUUCUGCCAAUCAAAUGAAAUUGACCAUUUUUUCUGUGACCUAAAGACAUUGAGUAUGCUCUCGGCUAGUGAUUCUACAAACAGAGACAUUCUGACAUCAGUAGAAAGUAUAUUUAUUGGAAUUUUGCCUUAUCUACUCAUUGUAAUCUCCUAUGUAUAUAUAAUUUCAACAAUAUUGAAGAUCCGAUCCUCACAAGGACGUCUAAAAGUUUUCUCCAGUUGCACAUCCCAUCUCACAACUGUUAUUUUAUUCUAUGGACCAAUCAUCUUCUUGUACAUGAAACCAGAAAAUGACCACUCUAGAUCAGAUGACAAACUGCUCUCAAUAAUAUAUGUGGCUGUGGUUCCAAUGUUAAACCCAUUGGUAUACAGUUUGAGGAACAAGGAAGUUUUGGGAGCUACUACAAAAAUAAAACAAUAUAUGAAGAAUUUUUAA